AUGGCAAACACUACUGUUGCAGGCGCGCUUUCGAUUCACGGUCAAAAUCCACAGUUUCUAGUCGAAACCGUGAUUAGGAAUCGUAUCUGGGAGUCAGUCUUUUGGAAAGAGCACUGUUUUGCGCUUACGGCUGAAACGCUCAUCGACAAAGCUAUCGAGCUCAAGUUUAUUGGCGGCGUCUAUGGAAACCAACGGCCGACCGAAUUCCUCUGUCUUCUUCUAAAAUUACUCCAAAUUCAACCGGAGAAAGAAAUUCUGGUUGAAUAUCUGCGUGCAGACGAGUUCAAGUAUCUUCGUGCCCUGGCAGCAUUCUACAUCCGGAUGACAUUCCGAGCUGUCGACGUCUAUGAGUUGUUGGAACCUUUACUGAAAGACUAUCGCAAGUUGCGGUAUCGGAAUAUGGCGGGCUACUCGUUAACAUACAUCGACGAAUUCGUUGACCAGCUGCUCACUGAAGAACGCGUCUGCGACAUCAUACUUCCCAGAAUGACCAAACGCGGUAUUCUGGAGGAGAACGGUGAAAUAGGCCCUCGUCAGAGCAGAUUGCUGGACGCGUUAGAAGGAAAGAGCGAGCACGGGAGUUAUCGCAGUCGGAGCGAAAGCAGAAGCCGUAGUCGAAGUCGCACACCACAGUCAGAUGCUGGCUCUCGCUUCGUUUCUCGCUCACCGUCUCGCUCAAGGUCGCCUUCCCUGCCGAGAUUUCGCUCACGAAGUCGUAGCAUCUCGCCUGAUCGUAUGGAGCUUGAGUAG